UCUCGACAGGUUCCGACAGGCAACAAUCGGACUACCGACUUUGUAUUCCGUCAACCCCGUCAAAACAGAGAUCUAGACUCAGGCAGGUUGAAGUGUCAAAAUAAAGGAAAGUUUCUGACGUAGAUUAGCCAAUUCUGUGUUUUGAAUUAUCCAACGCCCAGAAGAUCAAGGUGACGAACUUGAGAAAAUAUUUACUUUGGAAAGUAGAUAAAAAUCCACCGAAAAAUCAACAAUAAUGAGUAAAAUAUCGAAAAAUACAUUUUAUGGAAAAACAUUGAUCGAAAGUCACGCUCAGCAUCAAUCUAGAGUCAGGGAAUUAUCGUCGUCCAUACACGAUAGCGAAGAAGCUAAGAUUAAGCGAAGACGGUUGUUGGGACCAUCUGAAUUUUGGGGCGAAUUUUGGAGGCAGCAAGAAGCGUUGCUUGUAGCCGAUCAAGGAAGUUCAAACUCAAUGCAUACCUUCGUUUUGCAAUAUGAUGAGGGAUACAGAAAAUUCAUUGUAGCGCACCCAGAAAUCUACUGGCUUGUCGAUGAAUCUAGACCCAAGGACCAGAGAUGUUCAUACGAGGUUAUACCUGACGGCUCUCCUUGCCACCUAUAUUUUGAUUUGGAAUUUGGAAAGGAUCUAAACCCAUCAAGCGAUGGCUCAAAAAUGACAAAAACACUGAUCGAUGUAUUUUGUGCACAUUUUUUGGAACACUGGGGUUUUCCUUGCAGAAGAUCGGAGGUUCUAAGCCUGGACUCAACCACCGACGUUAAAUUCAGCCGGCAUUUAGUGUUCCGUGUGAAAAACGUUAUGUUCAAGAAUAACAAACAUGCAGGACGGUUUGUUAAAACCAUAUGCUCUAAUAUUCGGCAAAGUUUGUUGCUAGACAAUGCCACACGAUCCGCCGUUGAUAAUAUUUUAAGCCGCUUUCACAAAGAAGAUUUGGCAGAGUUAUUUAUCAAUACCACAAAGGGAAAAGAGCUCUUUGUAGAUGAAGGAGUCUACACAAGAAACAGGCACUUUCGAAUUUACAAGUCUACCAAGUUGGGAAAGAAUUCUCACCUGACCGUGAGCGACGAUUCUGAGUACAUCCUCAGCACAACAUACACGAACAAAGAAUUGGGAUUAUUCUUGGACUCUUUGAUAUCUUAUGUACCAAGUACUAAGAAUUUGAUUUUACUUGAAUACCAGGAUAAAAAUUCGGUAGACGCGAUUAAAUAUUCCAAAGAAUGCUUAAGUCAGCGUCGGGUUUAUGUCAGAGCUGAGAAGAAAAUUGAAUCACCAUAUCCUGACAUCGAUAAAUUCAUUUUAGACAUUGUGAAACCUGGCAAAAUUCGGGAAGUCAAACUUCUGAAUAACAGCGUACUGUUAUAUGCAUUCAUAGAUCAUAGAUACUGUGCCAAUAUAGGCAGGCCACAUAAAAGCAAUGGGGUAUAUUGGGUUGUUGAUUUGAAUAACAAAGUAGCAUUCCAAAAGUGCUACGAUCAUGACUGCGCUGGCUUUAAAUCUGCACCCAGAGAAUUACCAGAAAAAAUAUGUUUCGAAAUGGACAAGGAAACUGACAUCCUUCUGUCCUCUGUUCCUGACCCUCAAGACUGCUCUUUGUGUCAGACUGAUAAUUUCGUCGCAUUAGAAGAUGACGAUUUAGAAUUAGCAAAUAUCGAUCUACCAUAAUCUACAAUUUAGAAAUUGAUUUUUCUAGCAUAUUCUAUCUAAUCAUUGUACAUACAUACACAUAUGCACGUAAAAUAUUAAUAUAUUCAAACGUCAGCUAGCUUUUGGCGUUGCCAUGCAAUUGUAAAAAUUCAAGAUUUCAACAAUAUGUUUUUAUACUCUGUACACGGAUUAAAAUAUAGACAUCUUGAUUUUUACACACCUGUUGCCAUGCUAUCGCAUAAUAAUUCUGAAACCCCGAUAAAAUUCAACUAACAAUUCUAAAUCUAAUCUCAACGAAAAAGCGAUAAACGCUACAAAGCCGAAAUUAUCAUAGUUCUCGACGGCGUGCCGACCCGGCUACUGAACGGCGAACGGACAGCAUUUGCAAUAUGAAAACCAAGUCUCGAUACUUUAGACAUUUUACGGGUAAAUCUAUUAGACAAGAAAAGUUGAAAAAUUGGACUAGCAAUAUUGAAGAACGAAGUAAAUCUACGAUUACUCCGAUGCAACGUAUGGAUCAAGCGGCUCAUGAAUUGGCACAUAAAAUUAUUGGAAAAGAUGGGGAAAAACUCGAAUUAAUAUUGGAUCGUCGAGCGUAACGUAGUAAAUUCACCGCUUCGUGUACCAAACCGGCCGCUGGUUCGAUAUGAAAUAACGGAUAGCUCGGGAUGCCAAAUAACCGAAAUACAGAUGACUCAGUACCUCAAGUAACCGAAAGCCCAAAGUUUGGUGCGCCUUCGGGAGUCGAUAUCAAUUCAGGUUCUUCUUACAACCGGGACGUGAAUGCAGGCUUCAACAUUUUGCAUCUCAAAUAGGAACACCACAUCUUGGAGAAACCUCUGCCAGACGAGUUUAAAUAAAUUUGAAUGCAGUGUUGAUUUAUUUGUGGCGAUUUAUUGUACUUAAUUGUAUAGUAUAUUUCUGAUGGUUUUGUAUAAAGAAUUUUUAGCAUCGACUGUACUUUGAUUACAAACUGUGACGUUUGUGUAAGAAGUACGACUCGAUGAUGGAAGUUUUUAUGCAACAUUUUGCAGUGUAUUUUGCAUUAUAUUGUUGUACCUUUGGCAUAAAAAUAGAUGAAUAAUGCGUCUCUAGAUUAAAUCAAUGAUCUUCAAAAUUCAUUUCACGUCAGAUGGUCUUUCUUUUUGAAAUGAUUCCUAUAAGGUU